AUGAUUCUGGAGUCAUCCCAGAUCUCGUGGAUAAGACCCAGAUUUUGUCAUCACCCGAGAAUCUGCAACAACUAUCUCAGCAGAUCAAUUGUCUUGGGUGUGAGGCCAGCCUUGCCACAUCCCCUUCAAACCUUGGUAAAUGAACAGGGGGACCUCAGGGAACAACUGCAGGUCCACAUUCAAAGUAUAGGCCUCCUGAUUUCUGAGAAGGCAGAAUUACAGACAGCCUUGGCCCAAACUCAGCAGGCAGUCUCACAGAAAGCAGGUGGGCCUCUGGGCACCCCUUAUUCCUUCACCGUGGUGGACUUUCAGAGGAAGUCUUUUGGCUCCAUCUCCACCUCUCUCAUUCCAGGAGAGUCUGAGGAUCUUGUCAACCACCUACAAGUUUCUCAACAGUGUGUACGAGAGCUGGAGAAGACCUUAUCUGCUGUCUUUGUGAAGCAGAAGGAGGUGGAAAGGUCCAACAAGGAGUUAACCAAAGACCGAGAUUCCCUCAAGUUGGAGUUAUAUGAGAACAACAAAAGCAAUGAAGACCUGAAGAAGCUGAUCUCUGAACUAGAGGAGAAACUUCGACUGCUCACUGCCGAAAAGGCAGCUGGGCAGCUCAGGAUGGAGGAGCUCCAGAAGAAACUGGAGAUGUCAGAGCUGUUGUUACAACAAGUGACAGAGAGCAGCCCCCGCGAGCGUGACCCCAUCCAGCUGUGGCCGUGGUCUCCAUGA